AUGCGUGAAGAGACGGCGGAAGCAUCGCGGUCUGGGCAUGGUGAUGCCGCCGCACAUCUAGACUCGUUAGGACUCUCCGCCGGUUACGACCUGCCAGAGACGAAUCCUAGCAAAGAAGACCCGCAGAUGAUUCUCGAUAUGAUGAAAACACCGCGAGUGCUUGAUGAGGACCAGCCAGUUCCGGACGAGCUUUACGAUGUGUUUUGGAACGACCCUAAUGGAAGCUUAGGCGCAUUCUCUGAUCACCAAGAUGUAAUGCUCACGUACAAGAUCUUCAUGUCGACACCACUACUUCUUGUUUCCAAGGAAGUGAAUAGAGAGGCGGAGAGGGUACUGCGGGCCAACAAACGAGGAUGGAUCAAUUACUACAACGAAGUCGCGCGAUCCAACAUACAUUACCAUCGGAUCAUUAAACCGACCAGGGCUUUCCAGUACCUUUGGUCUCGCAGUCAGGUCGUUCUGGAAAACACUACCGCGGAUACCAUGUUCUUCUUGCAGUUCCUACCGGAGGUCUUGAAGAAGAGCCUUCAUAGUUUGAUCAUCACGAAAAGCUUGAUGAUCGAAAACGAAUUGUCGAUAGCACUCUGGCAAACUGACGACGAAAAGGGCGGAUCGUUCAUGUCAAACUUGAUCAAAGAACACUAUCCUAACCUGCGUACAAUGGCUCUUGAGAUACCAAGCACGGAGGAAGAGAUGAGAAGCAAUAUCAAUAACGCUUUCGGGCACUUAUGCGAUAUGCUCAAGAUGAAAGAUCUAGAUGCCCUCAGGUACUUCUUCAGGGAGGCUUGCUUUUCUCAAUCCGACGGCUGGUUCCUCAUAGAUGUGGACCUAGAAGGGUGGGAGCUCAGCGAUGAGUCCGACGACUAUGAGGUGGGAGAAGACGAAAUUUCGGAGCGCUACAAACAACCCCUGGAUGGCGUGGAGGAAACUAUUUCGCCUACUUCAAUCGGGUCUGCAGUAUGGCGCGAUCUGGGAAUGGAGCGCGUCGUCAAGAUCACGAGGUCGCAGACAGCAGCCUAG